GGCAGGGAAAGCCCUCACACAGUCAGUCCAGUGUCUCCGCUGAAGCUCCGCUCUGCUGGCUCCACGCUGAGGGCUGCGCCUCUAAACGGACUCAAAAUCUCUCCCUGUCAUCCUGUCAGCGACUUUCAGCUGUAGCACGGGCUUGUUCUGAGGGGGACAUGGCUGAUGUGACUUCUAACGAGUCGUCCUCCGGGGACGUAGCGAACAGGUUUGCCCGCAAAGGUGCUUUGAGGCAAAAAAACGUCCACGAGGUGAAAAACCACAAAUUCAUAGCUCGCUUCUUCAAGCAGCCGACUUUCUGCAGCCAUUGCACCGACUUCAUCUGGGGGUUUGGAAAACAAGGAUUCCAGUGCCAAGUUUGCUGUUUUGUGGUCCACAAGAGGUGCCAUGAACUCGUCACGUUCUGCUGCCCUGGGGCAGAUAAAGGGCCGGACACAGACGAUCCCCGAACAAAGCACAAGUUUAAGAUCCACACCUAUGGGAGCCCCACAUUCUGCGACCACUGUGGCUCCCUGCUGUACGGCCUCCUCCACCAGGGCAUGAAGUGUGACUCCUGCGAUAUGAACGUCCAUAAGCAGUGUGUGAUGAAUGUGCCCAACCUGUGUGGAACGGAUCACACGGAGCGGAGGGGGCGUGUCUACCUCAAGUGUGAGGUCAGCGCGGAUAAACUGCAGGUCACAGUUAUUGAAGGCAAAAACUUGAUCCCCAUGGACCCCAACGGACUUUCUGAUCCGUAUGUGAAGCUCAAGCUCAUACCUGACCCCAAAAAUGAGACCAAGCAGAAGACCAAAACCAUCCGCUCCAACCUCAACCCUAGAUGGAACGAGACCUUUAAUUUCAAGCUGAAGCCUACAGAUAAGGACCGCAGGCUGUCAGUGGAGGUUUGGGACUGGGACCGGACCACCAGGAAUGACUUUAUGGGUUCUCUGUCCUUUGGUGUUUCAGAGCUGAUGAAGGCUCCAGUCUGCGGCUGGUUUAAGUUGUUGUGCCAGGAGGAGGGCGAGUACUAUAGUGUUCCCAUCUCAGAGGAGGAUGAUGGCAACGAGGAACUAAGGCAGAAAUUUGAGAAAGCCAAGCUUGGCCCGGGUAAGAAGGCGAUCACAGAGACGGACGAUGGGCACUCCACUCAGAUACCUUCCAACAGCCUGGACCAGGUCAAGCUCAGCGACUUCUCCUUCCUGGCUGUGCUGGGUAAAGGAAGCUUUGGAAAGGUGAUGCUGGCUGAGAUGAAGGCCACAGAGGAACUAUAUGCAAUAAAGAUCCUGAAAAAGGACGUGGUGAUCCAGGAUGAUGAUGUUGAGUGUACCAUGGUGGAGAAGAGGGUUCUGGCUCAACAGGACAAGCCACCUUUCCUCACACAUCUCCACUCAUGCUUCCAAACUGUGGAUCGUCUGUACUUUGUCAUGGAGUAUGUGAAUGGAGGAGACCUCAUGUACCAUAUCCAGCAAGUGGGCAAGUUCAAGGAACCUCAGGCGGUGUUCUAUGCAGCAGAGAUCGCUGUUGGUCUUUUCUUCCUGCACUUUAAAGGAGUCAUAUAUAGGGAUUUAAAGUUGGACAAUGUGAUGCUGGACUCAGAGGGACACAUAAAGAUUGCUGACUUUGGCAUGUGCAAGGAGAACAUGGUCGAGGGAGUGACCACACGCACUUUCUGCGGUACUCCAGACUACAUCGCACCAGAGAUCAUUGCAUAUCAGCCGUAUGGACGCUCUGUAGACUGGUGGGCGUACGGAGUCCUCCUCUAUGAAAUGUUAGCUGGGCAGCCUCCAUUUGAUGGAGAGGAUGAAGAUGAGUUGUUCCAGUCCAUUAUGGAGCACAACGUGUCCUACCCCAAGUCCCUGUCCAAAGAGGCUGUCUCCAUCUGCAAAGGGCUGAUGACCAAACACCCGUCCAAGCGUCUGGGCUGCGGCAAUGAGGGCGAGAGGGACAUUAGAGAACACGCCUUCUUCAGACGCAUCGACUGGGAACGCCUCCAGAACAGAGAGAUCCAGCCGCCUUUCAAGCCCAAAGUGUGUGGUAAAGCAGCCGAGAACUUUGACAAGUUCUUUACACGCACCCAGCCGCAGCUCACACCACCAGACGAGCUGGUUAUCGCAAACAUCGACCAGGCUGAGUUCGCCGGCUUCUCCUUCGUCAACCCACAGUUUGUACACCCAUCGAUUAAUAACAGUGUAUGAGAUGGAUGUAACGACCUCCCCGAUGAACUUCCCACCCCCAAACUGCCACCGAUUCAAACCAACCACCAACUGAACGUCUGACUGCAACUGGAUGAAGGCCCGCUUUGAACCUUUAUGUAUAUGUUUUAUUCAUACACAGCAUUCUAGGGCAUGCAUUUCUAUUGUGUACUACUUAUUUGCCAGUAUAGACAAGACACAUUAGAUUGUUCCUUAGCAAUCUUAGGAGUAACUUCCUUUAGUUAAUUGAGGAGCAUGUACUGUAGAAUAUUGUCCUUUUUGUACUGAAGGUUUACCAGAACUGGAGGCACUGACAAAGGCAGCCUGUAAAUGAUAAAAACGUAGACAUAUAUACAUAAAUAAAAGGAGAAUUUAAGGCAUAGAAUUACAAAUCUAAAUCAAUUAAAAGUAGGGUUUACAUACAUAGUUUGUGAGAUAAUCAUCACAAUAUGUGAUAGGAAUGAUCUAAAAAAUGAGCUCUUAUGGUAGUGUAGCUACUAUAGCCAAAUAUAAGAGGUGGUGUAGGCGUUCAGUAAGCACCUUCUGAUUCAAUGUUUCCUGUAUUAUGUUUACAGCUUUCCUCCCCUUUGAUUACAUGGUGAUGGUGCACAAUUCUGUUCUAUUACAAAUUGAUUCUAGGAGAUCCCAACCUCUGAUGUGAGUAGCAAAAUAACUGAAUAAAGAUCAGUUGUAGUUUGUUAUCUUAGUUCAAGCGUUAUCCAUCUAUUUUUGAUCCUUUGAAAGAUGUAACUUACAAAUCUAUUUUCUAGCCCUAAUGAGCUGCAGAUUGUGUACUUCCCUUUAUAGUAAUUAAGUGGAGACUAUACGGACUAUUAGUAAUUAGUUAGUGUGUUGAAACAGCGGAAUGUUAUAUAUCUACUCUAAAACUUAAAGCGUUUACAGUUUGUCCGUUUUUAACUCCGUCUCUGUCCCCACCUAUCACAAAACCUCCUACUUGUCUUAAAUGUCUUAAAAACAGGAAAUUUUCCUAAACAGUUGAUAUUUUUAGAUAAUUGAAUGAUGUCAUUAUGUAUUAAGCAAUGUUAUGUUGCAUACAGUAUCAUGCUCUACAGUGAAGGAAAACAUCUGAUAUGAUUUAAAGUUGUGACUCAGAAGCAUUUAUUACUCCUCUUUUUGGGAGUAUGUCAACACAUUUUUUAAAUUUCAUCCAUUUUCAUUUAUAUUACAUCUUCUAAAAGUUAGUUUUCUCUCCUCUUCCUUUGCAAUCUCAUUUUUCCAUUAGAUUAGAUCAAUAUUUUAUGUAUCUUAUAUCAGUGCAUAACUCCUUUGUAAAUAAUCAUGAGUCAUUUUAAAAGAGUAAAGCAAGUUACAGUUUUUAUACCAACACCUGAAUGUGCUUUUAUUACAUUAAUGAUAUAAACCAAUAUUUAUAUGUGUAAUAAAUAAAGAUAGCUUAAAAGGUAACCCAGUACAGAUCAACUUUUUAACAGCUGGAUGUUAAAUGGAGUCCAGGUUUAGCAAGUUGUGACUUGUACCUGUUCUACUUGUUUUGGCAGAUUUAUCAAAUCUUUUAUUUUCUGUCUUCUUUAUUCAUAUUCAACAACUCAGAAUUUCGUGUUGAUUGGAUGUGCGUCUGGCUGUUGAUUGUCCUUGUGUAUCUGCAUGCUGUUGGUAGGCAUCUUUCAUGCACGUGAUUCGCUAAGUGCUGCAUGCAAAUACGUGACAUACCCUUAAGAUUUACAACCUCAGAGUUAUUCUCUGCUCGAAAUCUAACUAUGGAGGUCAGAGUCAGCCCUCCUGGUAAUGAAAAUGUGUAUCAGUUUCCUCUUUCUAUGGGAGACCGCCAUAAUUAGCUUGUAUGGUUUGCAUUUCAUCUAUAUCCUUAAACUUUCUUACAAACAACAUUCAGCUAUUUGAAUAGUCAGUGGAGAAAUUACUGUUGCAAAAUUAUUUUAAAUGCAUGUAAAUGUAUACACAAAUUAAAUGAAAAUUUAAUUCAGUUCUAGCAGAUUUAUUAAUCCCCUUAGACAUAUAUUUUUUUCUGAGUUUUUUUUUUGUUUUGUUUUGUUUUGUUUUGUUUUUUUACAUUUUUUAAAAAACACAGUGGCACAGAUAGCAUCAAGCUUAAAAUAUGACCUAAAACAAAUACUGAUAUGAAUCAGGCUGACAAAUGAACAAAUAGAUAGAACAAUAACAAUAAGGAUCAGUCUAAUAAAAGGAUAAAAAGGAACUAUGAGGAUCAAAAGAUACAAGACUGUAUAUAUGUAUAUAUAUAUGUAUAUAUAUGUAUAUAUAUAUAUAUAUAUAUAUAUAUAUAUAAACAAACAUUUUAACAGCAUUAAUUUCUGAAUUUAAUCUCCCCCUUCUUGUUGCAUUAUAAAAUUCCACUGUUUUGCAUUUGGAACUGUUUUUGCAUCAUUUUGGAUUUAUUUUUCUAAUGUCUUAAACUAAGGGUAAUUGACUUCCUGUUUGGGUACAGACCUGCAUUUAUUUGAAAGAAAAUACGAUACUACUAAAUAAUAAGUACUUUAAGUAGAUCAAUAUUAUGACAUGACGUCAGCUAGGGAAAAGGGAGCUUGUAAUAAAUUGAAAAGGAAAUAGGGAAACAGUAAAAUGGUAAAUGCUCAAUAACACACUGACCUGUCCGGGAGUUUUUUUUAAGUGAAAUGAUGAGUGUUGUCAGUCUAUUAAAAAACAUUCUUAUUAAUCAUAUGCUUUGUUAUUAAUUAAUUACAAUUUGUCACAUAUUUUGAUAAGUUGAGUGUUAAUCUGUGGAAUGUGGUUUUCAUCCAUAAGAACACAGAGAAUUUUUGUAUGUGUUUCAAUUGAAGUUACAAAGCUACUUUAGUUGGUUGUGUGGUGGCAUCUGAGUUUGAUUAAUCAGCAUGCAUUUUUUAAUCGCAUUUUUCACCCCUGUGAUUAAUUAAUCAAAAUUAAUGGAACAUUUUGAGAGGACUAGAAAUAAGACUUUAAGCUGCAGUGGUGGACUUGUUGUACUUCACUGUGGCUUUAGGAAGACGCUUAACCAAAGUGUGCUGAAAGAGACAAUAAAGCAUGUGAUUCAUGUGAUUUUUUUAAAAAAUGAAUGCACUGACUAUGGACCUUAUUAAUCGUGAUUAAUGCUGACAGCCUAAAUGCUGACAUAAUGAGGUAGAAAACCUGUUCACACUGAUGCCAGUUCUUCAGUGGUUAUCCCAGCAUGCUUUGACCAGCAAAUCAGGUUGUAAUACAAAAUGGAUGGGGUUACAUUUUAAGACACACCAAUGAGUCGUCUUAGGAAAAGUCAAAUGUAAACAGUCAAUGAAGGGGCAUGCCUCACCUGAAGUGUAUUUUAUCAGCGCUUAGAGAAAAAAGGAAUCCAGACUUUUCAGUCAUUAAAAACUAUGCUCACCCUUACAAAUUACUUUACACAUUUUCAGAUCUGUUUAUGCAUUUCUAAAUCCUUAUACACAUUGGUGAACCUGUGUACUCAUUUACAAAUCAUUUUGCACCAAUAAUACCUCCAUAUCAUGCCAGAGGGUGAAUGUUGAUAGUUAUGAGAAAAAAAAUAAGUAUCAGUUUUAGAAAAGGUCUGAAUUAGCCUGAUUUAUAAUGACACCUUAAGAGUGCUGUUUUAGGCCAGUGCUGUUUGUGAGAUGAAGAGUGACGACUAACAGUGAGUUUGCCAAAUGACUGCAGAUUGCAGGGGCUUAAGAACAUAGAAUAGACUUUUUCUAUCUGGUGAUAGAUUUAACUAUAGAUAGAUUAUGAAUCUACCUUUAAAGACUUUCCUGAUAUAGAGUCCCUGGUUCUAGAUCAGUCCUCUUUUCUGUGUAACCUUUAACAUCAUGAUCUUUGGUUCUUCCUGCUUUUACUGAUGAGGGUAGAAUGUAGAUCCAGUUGUAAUGAAGAGACACUGCUCGUUUUUAGACCAGUGGGACCACUCACUCUGGUGUCUCAUGAAGUGGGGUUAUGUUGAAAUCUUAAUAUUGUGUUAUUGUCACUGUGUAUAAAUAUUUUCUGUUCUUUUUGCUCUUGUCAGUGUUGUCAGGUUUAUUUCUCCAGCUUCUGCUAAAAAAAUCAGGAAUGUUUUUGAAGGAUAUAUCACAUAAGAAAACUCAUAUCUGACUGAUAAAGAUAGGAACUAAUAAAAUGUUUGUGAUAUUUCCCCCAUGUUUUUCUACCAUGUUUGCCCUCCUGCUGUGUUUUCCUGUUUUAUACAACCUUCUGCAUGUGCCAAACCUGGAAAACACCAGAAACCUGAUAAUAGAAGUCUUGCACUAGCUGUAGUCACACAGAGGACUCUCUGUGGCAGCAUCUCCCAUCUGUCUAAAGCCACAUAACAUACAGGGCAGCAUGCUGCCAUGAGUGUACCUGUGCACAUCGCAGCAUGGUCUGCUCACCCUACACAGUGCUAUAUUUUCCUGUCUGUGUCGCCUUGGGCAAAACUAUCUCUGAAAACAUUUUGAUGGCAUACAUUGCAACAAUUUUACCCCUGUCUACGCCUGACUUGCAGACUGAAUAGUCCAGGUCUGUCCCUUUAUUAUGACUCUCCAAUCUUCUGUUCUCUUAGGUUUUAUUUCUAAAUGUCACAGUAAGUGUGGGCAUGACAAAGAUAUUACUCUUCUCUUGUGUGCCUUUCCCAACAGAUAUGCUGUACAUCCUUUUAAUCCUUAUUGUCUUUGCUCUGGUUUUAACUCUGACCUUUAACUUUACUACACUUUCUGAAUAUGUGAGUAGUGAAACCAGUAUCCCUGGGUGUUUACUUUUUUGUACGCUAUGUUCAGUUCCAGCACAUCUCAUAAUGAAUGAAUGUGACAAAGAAAUAGCUCAGCUUCAGUCUGUAAAUUUGAAUUAAGAAAGCCCAUUUUGCUGACUAACGCUGAUAUCCUUUAACUAAAUCUCCUCCUCCUGUACUGCUGGCUUUACCUGUACCUCCCUGUGCCUAUUAAUGACUGAAUGAUGUACUAAGUCUGUUUGUAUCAGCUAUAUCACAGGAUGAUAUCAGGGGAGUAAAAGGUGAUCCAUGGUCUAAGGGAUAGAUGAUAAAGGCUUGUUUUAAGGACAAACCCCGUGCCUGGUCACCACUCCUUCUACUUCAUCUCUUGUGUGCUCUCUCUCUCCCCCAUCUACUCCUCCUUCCUCAGUGCCUGGGCCAAGUCAGUUUGUCAUGUUUUCGACAGGGUCCUCCUCCUUUUACCCUUUCAAACCCAUCAAGUCAGUUGAUUUUCCUCAUUGAUUUGCUCCUUUUUCUUCUCUCUCCUGGUUCCUCCCUGAUGCACCAUGGGAAAGAAGUCAGCUGAUGUAUUUUGGUGUUUUGCUUUGUUUACAGUCUCUCUUGUUUUCAAGUUUCAUUUUUACAGGCCGUAAGUGAAGUAACUUACUGAUGUAAUGAAUGAGAUGUUUGUUUUUUAAGUUUCUUUCCUUGUAGAAACAUAUUUGCUUUUGAUUAAUCUUGUGUUCUUUAUUUCCCUUGUUGUUAUUAAUUAUCCUCUGUUGUGUCCUGUUCACUAUCUUAUAAGAGAGUAAGAAGUGAGCUGUCAUCUUUUUGGCCAUACAGAGCACAGGAUCAAUGACUUGCAGGAAGCCUUAUUCCUUCCCACACAGUAACAUUGCCUCUAACUUUCCGCUCUUCGUUCAUUUAUAAUCUCAGAAGCCCUGUCCUUGUAUAUAAACCACUUACAGUAGAUAUCAACAUAGACUCUAAAAGAAAGAAUAUAUUGUAUUUUGCAAAUGGUGUAUGUUUGUUUUCUUCCCUUGUCAGCCAGAAAAACCUUUAAAAUGAGUCUGAGCUACAUACCUUGUAACUGAUUGUGUCAUUUGUACCUAAUGUAUGAUAAUGCAAAUAAAAAAAUCA